AUGGCCAAUGGGGCGGCUGUUGCUGAGAGGGCUACCAGUGACAUGCUGAUCGGUCCGGAUUGGGCCAUAAAUAUUGAAUUAUGCGACAUAAUAAACACGGAACCUGGGCAAGCAAAUGAUGCAUUAAAGAUAUUGAAGAAAAAAUUGGGGAAUAGAAGUCCUCAAAUACAGCUCCUUGCGCUUGUUGUGCUGGAGACUCUUAGCAAAAAUUGUGGGGAAAAUGUGUUUCAGCAGAUUGCAGAGAGGGACAUAUUACACGAUAUGGUCAAAAUUGUGAAGAAGAAGCCCGAUUUAAACGUGAGGGAGAAGAUUCUGGUUUUGAUUGAUUCUUGGCAAGAAGCUUUAGGGGGACCUGGGGGUAAAUUUCCCCAGUAUUAUGCAGCUUACAAUGAAUUGAAGUCUGCUGGGGUCGAUUUUCCACCUCGAGAGGAAAACAGUGUUCCGCUUUUCACACCACCACAAACGCAUCCAAUAGUCCACACUACUUCUCCAUAUGAAGAAGCCGCUGUUCAAGCCUCUCUUGAAUCUGAUAUCUCUGGACUUAGCUUGCCAGAGAUUCAAAAUGCUGAUGGGCUUGCGGAUGUUCUGAUGGAAAUGUUAGCUGCCUUGGAUCCAAAUAAUCCUCAGGGUGUGAAGGAUGAGUUCAUUGUCGACAUAGUUGACCAGUGCCGUUUGUACCAGAAGCGUGUCACGGUCCUCGUGAACAAUACCGCAGAUGAAGAUCUCUUAUGCCGAGGACUGGCGUUGAACGAUAAUUUGCAGCGGGUUUUAAGUAAGCAUGACGAUAUUGCAAAGGGAGUAGCAGCAGCUGCUACUGUAACUAACCGGGAAAAUCGAGUUGCGCCACUUAUGAACGUGAAUCAUGAGGAUGAUGAGCAUGAAGACGAUUUUUCUCAACUAGCACGAAGAUCAACGAGGGAUAACACCAUGCAAGGACCCAGUUCCAAGCCGUUAGUCGCAAUCAAUCCCAUCCUUCCGCCUCCACCAUCUUUCAAGAAACCGUUAGAUCCAAACGUGGAUUAUCUAAGUGGAGACCUUUAUGAGACCCAACGGCCCGUGACAACAUCCGGGCCUGCAAACACGGCCCGCCCAACUCAAUCGCCAGACCAAAAGCCCUCCUCUCCCCCAGAUGACUUCAUAAACCCCACUGCAUAUAUGUUUGCUCCCAAAUCAACAUACGACGAAAAUGCCCCUCCGAGCAAAUCAGCCGUCCAAUUGCCCUCGACCAACCUCCCGCCUCCACCCUCAAGGUACAACCAGAGGCAGCAUUUUUUCGAGCAGCACCACGGUGGGCCCUCCCGCUCGAGCAGCGAUUCGGGCUCGUCGUACGACAGCCUGGUGGGCCAGGCCCAAGGCCUGUCAAUCAAUACAUCGCCAGCCUCUGAUAAGAAGGAAAAGCCCGAAGAUGCGCUUUUUAGGGAUUUGGUGGAUUUCGCCAAGGCCAAGUCAUCGUCGCCCAAGCCGAACAGGUCGUUUUGA